AUGAUGGAGCAAAGAAAUGGCAGCGGAGUUCGACUGAAUGCUGCUUCACCAGCCUUAAUCACUCGACCGGCUGGGGCUGGUUCAUCACCAACUGGACGGUCCACACUCUUCCCUGAAGAGGUUGAGGGCCUAGCCGUCCGUUAUCACCUCGGGGGUGGGGGUCGGUUCAUGGCGGGUGAUGAACCACCCGGGAGGUGGCACCAGGCUGAGGAUUUAGUGGUGGAGACGGUGGAAGUAGCGGAUAUCAGCGGGAGGAUUGCGCUUAUGAAGACGGCCGUGGAGGAGGAAGUUCGUGAUAUUCUAUUAAAAUUGGAUGGAUUUUUAUUUUUACUUGAGUCUACGGAGCUGCAACCUGCAGUUCAAGGCUCAUGCAUGACAGGUGCAAAGAUGUAUGUGAAGAAAUGA